UAAAACAAAUGGAUAAUAAUAAUCAUCAAAAUCAAUCACAGAAUUCUUUAACGAAUACUGUUCAGCUAGUGCAAUUGACAUCUGCAAAUACAGCAAUGUGUCAAUUAACUGCUGCUUCUGGUUCAACCGCUUCGGGUGCAAUUGAUCAUCAUGGACAUCAAUUACAUCAUUCAAAACAUCCGCAUCAUCAUCAUUUUCAACAACAACAACAACAUCCACAUUCGAUUACAUUUGAAAAAGCUUCAUCAAUAAAUCAACAACAACAACAUCAACAAUCAACAUCAUUGAUAUUGAAUAUGUCACAAAUACAAUCUAGUUUUAUAAUACUUAAUCAACAACAACAACAACAACAAAGACAACAAUCAAAUGGUCAACAACAACCAAUAACAUUUGUUACAUAUCGUAAUCGUACCGGUUCAAUGAAUUCAGCAGCCGCAGCAUCAGCAUCAGCAGCAACAACAACAACAAUGAUGUUAACAACAACAACAACACCUAAACAACAACAAAAUAUAUCUAAAUUAACUGAUUUAACAUCAUCAUCAUCAUCGACAUCGUUACAUCAACCUCAACAUCAGCAGCAAUCAAUUUGUACAUUUAAAGUGCCGAUUAAUGUUGGAAUUCAACAACAACAACAACAGCCAACAGAUAAUCAAAUGUUUUGUCCUUUGACAAAUUCAAAAAAUUCUGUGAUGACACCAAUUUUUACUGCUGCUGCUACGGAUAUAACAUUACCAUCAUCAUCAUCAUCGAUUAAUGAUAAUAAUAAUGAUGAUGAUAUACAAAUGGCUGAAAUUGAAAUGGAUACAUUAAACGAAUUGGAUUCGAAUGCAAAUACAUUUCAUUUAGAUGAUGAAGAAUCAAUGUUAAUAUCGACAAGUAAUGCAUCAACACCUGAACAUCAUUUAUCAUUUGGACAUCAACAACAACAACAAAAACAACCAAAUCAUUCAAAUCUUAACCAGCUUGUUAUUGUUGGUAAUAGUAAUAAUGGAAAUUAUUUACAACAACAUCAUUGUUUAGAUUCAAAAUUAUCAACAACAAAUAAUUCAAGUUAUGACAAUAAUAAUAAUUUUGAUACAUUUGAUACGUCAUUAUUUGAUAAUAUUGAUAAUGAUAAUCAAUCAACAGCAACAAAUACAUUGAAUGCGAAUUGUCAUUUGAUGUCUAAACAAAGAUCUCAUCCACAUAUAAUUGGUCGUGAUAGUUUAAUUAAUUCGGUUAAUUAUAAUCAAAAUAAUAAUAAUAAUCGAUUAGCUUUAUGUUUUGAAUACAAAUGA